CUUUACUCGAAUCGCUUGACAAAAAAAACUUGUAAAACAUACAUCUACAAAGUUUGAAGCGUGCUAUGCAAGCUUCUAAGUUCUACCAACUAACAUUGUUUAUUCUACGCGCCAAAAAGCGCGCGUGUGUGAAUAAUAGAAGUCUCUGUUGUCUAGUCAACGCAUAUCUUUGUCAUGUCUUGAAAGGGUAACGAGAAUCUCCAGCCAUUUUAUCCUGUCUUCCGCUCUUUUAUAUUUAGAAGACACAACAAAAAAAUUUCCAACUCUUUCCCCUUAGAGAGAGAAACAAACAACAACAAAAAAAACUAGAGAGAGAGGGAGGAGAAGAAUACGACAACAAUGCCGAGCAAGCUGAAAAAGGCGAUAGGAGCGGUUAAAGACCAUACGAGCAUCAGCCUCGCCAAAGUCGCCACCGGAGCCAACGGAGGCGGCGACCUCACCACUCUCGAGGUAGCCAUCCUCAAAACCACGAGCCACGACGAGGACGUCCCGAUCUACGACCGCCUCGUCUCAGACAUCCUCGGAAUCAUCUCCUCGAAGAAAUCGCACGCCGCCGCUUGCGCCGCCGCCAUCGGCCGCCGCAUCGGGCGAACAAAGAACUGGAUCGUCGCGCUCAAAUCCUUGGUCCUCGUCCUCAGGAUCUUCCAAGACGGCGAUCCUUACUUCCCUCGCGAAGUCCUCCACGCCAUGAAACGCGGCGCGAAAAUAUUAAACCUCUCCACCUUCCGCGACGAUUCGAACUCGUGCCCUUGGGAUUACACGGCCUUCGUCCGCACCUUCGCGCUAUACCUCGACGAGCGGCUCGAUUGCUUCUUAACCGGGAAAUUACAAAGACGUUACACUAACCGGGACCAAACCGGACGAAUAACCACCUCCAAAUCCCGGUUUAGUCCUAAAUUAAAUGAACCGGCGGUUAGAGACAUGAAACCGGUUAUGCUCCUCGACAAGAUCACGCACUGGCAGAGACUACUAGACAGAGCCAUCGCGACUCGGCCGACGGGAGACGCGAAAGCCAACAAGCUCGUGAAGAUGUCUCUCUACGCCGUCACGCAGGAGAGCUUCGACCUCUACAGAGACAUCUCCGACGGGUUAGCUCUUCUCCUCGACAGCUUUUUCCAUCUCCAGUACCAGUCUUGCAUGCACGCGUUUCAAGCGUGCCUUCGAGCUUCGAAGCAGUUCGACGAGCUCAACGGGUUCUACGAUCUUUGUAAAUCUAUUGGCGUGGGGCGCACGUCUGAGUACCCUAGCGUUCAGAAGAUCUCGUUAGAGCUUCUCGAGACGUUGCGGGAGUUUUUGAAAGAUCAGUCGUCGUUUCCGCCGCCGCCGAAUAGUCUUCCUCCGCAGCCUCAGGCGACGGUUUCGAGCUCGCCUGAGGCUUCGGAGAGGUACUGGGACUGUGGUGGGUCGUUUCGGAGUACUUCUUUGGAGGAUUUGAUGAGCAGGACUGAUGCGGGGACGAGUAGUCCUCCGAUGUCGUGUCAGUCAGAGCCUUACGGAGGAGGGAGAGAUGAUCUUAAUGGGAAUAACUUUGAUACGGUUUCGACUAAGUCUCUUCCGAACAAUCCCUCAGUUUCUGCCAAAGAGAAGAAGAAGGAAGAAGAUGCAAAGGUGGAGGAGGCUUUUGAUCCUUGGGAGGCGUUGAUGUUGCGAGAUGAUCCGAGGAAGAACGUAGAAUCGAUUGCAACCUCCGAGGAUCAGAGAGAUUCAGGGAACUGGUUGUUUGCGCUGGAAGAAACAGCUACGCAAGUACAAGAUACUAACCCUAUGGCGAUAGUACCAUCAGGGAACUGGUUGCUUGCGCUGGAAGAAACAGCUACGCAAGUGCAAGAUACUAACUCGAUGGCGAUAGUACCGUUCGGAUUGAAUGAUCCGGUGCCUGCGUUGCAAGCCACCACGGACCAAUACAAUCCAUUCUUGGAGGAUACAGCUACUGCGCCGUUAGCUGCGGAGUCAGACUUUCAGCCUUUAGCUGGAGAACUGAUGACCACGUUCAAUGCCUUGGCUGUGACGGAGUUUCAGCCCCAACCGACGUUUCAGGUGAACUUUCCUGAAGAUUUUGAGCCGUCGUCUACGCCAACGUUCAAGGCCAUAGGGAGUUUGCCGGAGAAGUGUGACCCAUUUGCAACAUUUGAGAGUUUUGGGUUCGGAGAGACUGUUUCGGAAAAUGGAGGGGUAAAUCAGCAAUCUGUGUUGCAAGAACAGCAGUUAUGGUUGCAGAAUCAAAACAAGAUCAUGGCUAAGCACUUGAUAUGAUCUUAAUUUGGCUAGACAGAGAUUGAGAUGCUUCUUUUGAUAAUUUUCUUUUGUUAAAUUGUAAGCUGAACUGUAACUAUUUUUUUUCAUAACUAGGAGAAGAGUGAAAUACAACAAUUGUUUGAUUUUUCUGCUCAA